ACAGGUAAUUGAAGGAUUUACAAUCUUGCAGCUUUAGCUCUUUCUUAACGAUAAUGGAGGUGUUACCGGGAAGGGGCAGGCAAAGCAUCUUAUUUUUGUCGACUAAUGUCCUUCUCAGGUGCCAGCCUAAGUGUUGAUUAAGGGAUCCAUUAAAGUAUAGUGAAAACCUGUAGGCAGCUUAUUGCAAAGCUUUAUAAGGAAGGUUGACAGUGAGUCUGUUGAUGUGUAGAGGAGUAUCUCUCAGACCAUGGGAACAAAACAGACCCGCAUCCAUGAAGUGCAGCUGGCCUACUUCCUGCUGCGAGCGGCUCUGCUCUCUGUGCUGCUGUGCGGCCCGCAGCGAGUGGCCUCGGACUCAGAUGAAGUGGUCCAGACAGAGUGGGAGGUCUGGAAGAGCAGCCACGGCGUAGCUUACAAAAAACUGGACGACAUGCAAAGGAGGGCCAUCUGGGAGGAGAACAAGAACAUGAUAGAAAACAAUAAUCAAGGGUUUUUCAUGGGGAUGAGGCCGUUCACUAUGGCCAUGAAUAAAUAUGGAGACCUGACAAGAAAAGAGUACAAGGUUUUGCAAGGUGCCAAGAUAGACUCCCAGUAUGUGAAGCGAGGGAAGACCGUCUCGGCCAGAAAGCUGCGCAUCAAUGCUAAAAGGUUAGAUGCUGCAAUUGUGGACUACAGGAACAUGGGUUAUGUUACUGAGGUGAAAGACCAGGGUUACUGUGGCUCGUGCUGGGCCUUCAGCACUACGGGAGCUAUCGAGGGACAAAUAUACAAGAGGACAGGUCAGCUUGUAUCGUUGAGUGAACAGAACCUGGUGGACUGCUCCAGAUCGUACGGUACCUACGGCUGCAGCGGUGCCUGGAUGAGCGACGCCUAUGACUACGUGGUCAACAACGGGCUGCAGACGACAAACUCCUACCCAUACACUUCAGUGGACACCCAGCCCUGUUACUACGACAGCAGACUUGCAGUUGCCCAUAUCAAAGACUACAGGUUCCUGCCCAAAGGAGAUGAACAGGCUCUGGCUGAUGCCGUGGCAACUAUCGGUCCAAUCACAGUAGCUCUUGAUGCAGAUCAUUCCAGCUUCCUGUUCUACAGCUCAGGAAUAUACGAUGAGCCAGCCUGUAACCCUAACAAUCUGAGUCACGCGGUGCUGCUGGUAGGCUACGGUUCUGAAGGAGGCCAAGACUACUGGAUCAUCAAAAACAGCUGGGGAAGCAGUUGGGGUGAAGGCGGCUACAUGCGAAUGGUCCGAGAUGGCAGCAACACUUGUGGCAUUGCAAGCUAUGCUUUGUACCCUAUUCUAUGAUUCUGAGAAGAUGCUUCAGUCAUGUGUUAAUGCUGAAAUCUGUCAUUGCUGUCAGCAGGUCUCAGAAAACAACAUCUCUCAUUGCUGUUUUUUGACACUGCAUACAUGUUAUCAGCUCAUUUGAACUUUUUACAGUGAACACUUUGCUUCUCUCAGGGAUGUAGUGCACACACCAACCUGUGGCCACAAAUACUAUAAGCCUUCCUAAACGUUGGAUUAGUCUAACUCACCAAAUAUAAAUAAAAUGCAAUUUAAAUCAUUUAAAGUUAAACUAUGGACAGAAGAAAAAAACAUAUUCCUCCACUUUCAAAUAAAAAUGUGAAUUUGGAAGUAAUAACACACUUUUGCUACCACAAUCUUUAAGCUAAUGGUGGCUAAUUUUAGCAUAUGUUGUAUAAUAGACAUUACUUAGUCAGUUCACUGACUUGGGACUGGUGAAAUCCGGAAUAACUAAAUUAUUUAUUAUCCUUUACACGACCCCCAAAGUACAUUUUGUGAGUUUUAAACAAGCCUCUUAUUCUUGUGAACACUGAAUGAUUCACUGAGCAAUCAUCUUUUGAAUAUAGAUCUUAAUGCCUUAAUUACAAAAAUACGAAAAAAUCCACAGUUUCCUUUGUGAAUGAAUAAUGCCUCAUUAAUAAAUAAAUGUCCUUCCUUAAAAUAGGCCAGGUAUUUCAUUGGUCCAGGAU